CUAGGCUAGGUACCUGCUGACCGCUGGGAAGGGCUCUAUCUGCCGGAACAGCUCCACGGGAGCCCAGCAGUGCUAGGCUGUCGGCUGAACAGCUGCACCUGCCAGUAUGGGGAACACGCUAACGAAAGAAGAGGAGCCUUCAGAUCAAGAAAUCAUUCACAGGACAUCAUACGCAGAGAUCUCUUCUGAACCGCCUGAGAAUAUUAAGAAUGGACCUGUCACAAUCGAGGCUGUGCAGAUUUCUUCUACAAAGGGCGAAACAGUGGAUGCAAGAGUGAACGGCGUCCAGGAUAAUGUGGCUGUUUCUUCCCCAAAGACAAUGGAGAUCAGCUCCGUCUCCGAGGCCCCUGGAAAUAAUCUCGGGAAGGAAGCCAAGGCGGCCCCGCCAGCUGCCAAAUCUCGUUUCGCCUUUGCAUUUUCACGGCCCGUACCAGGACGUACCGAAGAGCUGGCAACAAAUGCAUCAGUCGCAUCGGCCAGUCCAGAAGCAGCCCCAGCGAACAAAGCGACGAGUGAGACCCUGGAUCUCCCUGAUCCAGCUGCGCCAGAGGAAGCUUCCGAUAAAACCCUAAGCGAAGCAUCUCUCACUGAAAUCGAACUCUCUGAACCAGCCACAUCCGAGGCAGAGGAUGCUGCUUCAUCCAAGCCCAGAGAAUUAACCUUUUUCGACAGACUGUUCAAAUUGGACAAGGGGAAAGACAAGAACCAGACGCAAGCCCAGAGCCAAGGACAGGAGAAGGCAGAAGAUCCUGGUGUGUCCAUCACAGCAGAAGAAGCUUCAGGAUUACAAAGUGCACCAGAGAAUGCCCUGCCAGGAAAGGACGUAGAGUGUGAAGAAAACCCUGUGCAGCAGGACUCUCCAGGUGUCGCUUGCUUGGUCUCAGAGGAUCUUGCCCAAGAAGAGGUCAAACCGGAGAACGUGAGAACAGCGGCUGGAACAGACUAUAACAACAGCGUCAUGAGUUUCUUUAAAACCCUGGUUUCUCCAAGUAAAGCAGAUUCUAAGAGUGAGUCAGAGGACAAGGCAACCCAAGCAGGCAAGACCCAAGGAGGACAGCUUGCUGAGAAGACGACGGCCGAUUCCCAUGCCAAAGGCACCAAGAAAAAGAAAACAGACAGCCCCAGAUUAGGACACAGUACAUUUAGCAAACUGUUCAGGCACAAGUCAAAGAAAGAUGUCCAGCAAACAGCCAAUACCAAAAGUACUGAGCAGGCUGUAACCACGGAUAAUGUGAAAUCAGAAGCAAACAUCCCUCCAUCUCAGGAAACGCCGGCAACAAAGCAGAGUACAAAAGCCCCGGAACCUCCAGUCCAACAGCAGGCACCCCCAGCACCAGCCGUCAUCAUCAAUGAAAUCCCAAAAGAGGUGACGAAGGAGAGAUCUGCUUCUACCCCCACACCUCUAAGUAAAUUCUUUUGGAAAAAGACUCCGACGGAUGACAUUGAGGUGAUCAACACAGAGAGAGUGGAAGCCUCCCCCGAAGCUCCUGCCAGAGACGAGGGCCGAAGCCUGGAAGCCGCAGAAACAAGGUCCAAAGGAGAGGAGAAGCCUUCCAAAACAAACCUGAGGAAAUUCUUUAAGCUGACACUGGACUUCCCAGACAGGCCCUUUGCCCAGGCUGAGAGCAGAGAACCUGCAGGUGCGCGGAGCAAAGAGAGCUCAACGGAGACACUGAACGUGCCGAAAGGGAGCAAACUGGAAGUCAGCGAGCAGCAAGAACCCCGGGAGCAAGAAAGAGCCGAGACGGACUCCCUUCGGAACGGAGGGGACGCAGCAAAGGAGAACACUCCCAAGAGGAUAGACAAGCGACAGUCGUUCGGAGGGUUUUUUAAGGGCCUUAACCCCAAACGGAUGUCUGACGCUGAAGUCCAAACGGAUCCAGUGUCUUUUGUGUCUGCUCCUGUGAAACCCAAGUAAUGAAUCCUCUACAGCUACUGAAGAAUCACUGGAUCCCGAUAAUUUCUUAACCUUGCCAUGAAAGAAAAAAAAGAGAGACUUCCUGGUUUGGUUCCUCUCUCCCCUCCACCCCGCUUUCCGAUGCCUGCUGCCAAACAAAUGCUAGGCCUGAGGCAAAGACGGGCGUACAUUUUGAACCCAUCCUUUACAGAAUGUUUUCUUUAAAAAACUAGUAAAUAACAAAAGGUCUCUUAGAAAUAAUGAAUGUGCUGUAAGAGCAAAUGAAUGAUAGGAAGCUUAAAUUAAUGAAAAAAGGAGGGCUACUGGAGUCAUCCCUUGACUGUAUAAAAUCUGGGCCCCUUUAAACAAAAAAAAAAAAA